AUGGAAUUCACCCCCCUCCACUCCCCCCCGGACACCCAAAAACCCUCCCUCUUCGAGCUCCUCUCCGAACACCAGCUCUCCACCCUCCUCCCGCCGACCCUCCGCUACCUCCUCACCUUACUCACCCACCGCUACCCGCGCCACCUGCUCCGCGUCCUCAACUCCUUCGACGAACUCUACGCCCUUGCCGCGCUGCUCGUCGAGGGCCAUUAUUUGCGCACGCGUGGCGGGACGUUUACGGAGUUUUUUUAUGGGUUGAAGCGCGAGAGGGCGCUUUUGUCUGGGGGGGAGAUACCGCGCGCGACGGCCGCCGCGCCCGGGGUGGUGCGUGACGCGCUGCGAUUGAGCAGUCGACGCGGGGAUAUCUGGCGGAAUUUGUUGGUAGUGGUGGGCGUGCCGUACUUGAAGCGGAAGUUGGAUGAGGCGUACGAGGUGGACGCGCCGCGGGCGAUGUUGGGGGCCGGGUAUAACCAGCGGCCUGGGGCAGACGCAACCUGGCGGGAGCGGGUUGGAUUUUGGUGGCGGUGGUUUUUGCGGCGGGUGUAUCCGAAGGUGAAUGCGGUGUAUUAUUUGGCGGUGUUGGGGUUUAAUUUGGCGUAUUUGUUUGAUAAUUCGCGGUAUCAUAGUCCGUUGAUGUGGUUGGUCAAGACGAGGGUGAGGAGGAUGAAUGGGGCGGAUUAUAGGGCAUUGGAGGCGUUGGAGGAGAAGGCGGGGAAGGGCAGUGGGGGGAGGUCGGUGGCGGCUAGGAUGAUGGGGGGGUUGUCGGUUGUGUUGCCGACGAGUAUUUUUGCGUUGAAGUUUUUGGAGUGGUGGUAUGCGUCCGACUUUGCGAAGCAGUUGUCGCGGAAGGCGGCUGAAAGCUUGGAUCUUCCGCCGCCGGUGGUGACGGGGUUGGAUGAUGGGGUCAAGAAGAAGGGGUUAUCGCAAAGGGAAGCUCACGGUGAAAAGCAGGACGAAGAAGCGGAAGAGGAGAUCGACGACGAAGAACGGGAAAGGCGCGCGAUCGAAAAGGCCCCGAUUGCGGCAUCCUCCCUACUUCCCAUCUACACGGUGCCUGCACCCACAACCUCGGACCAAUGCCCCAUCUGCGAGGGCGACAUCACCACCGCCGCGGCGUGUCAGACUGGCGUUGUCUAUUGCUUUGCGUGUAUCCACAAAUGGCUUACUGGGACACACGCGAGGCAAGAGAAAUUCAUGGCCGAACGAGCGGGCAAGUGGGAGAGUGGAGAGGGGAGGUGCGCAGUGACGGGGAGACGUGUGCUAGGAGGGACGGAGGGGCUGCGGAGGAUCAUGGUGUAG